CGUCGCCGUCGCGUUCGGGCAACAAUUAUAAAAAUAAUAUUUCAUAAAAAUAAAAGAAAACAUUUUUAAUGCGAACCACAACAAUAUAAACUAAAUACACAAAAAAUAUGUGAAAUUUUUUUGGUGACAAAUUAUUAAAUAAAGAAAAACAAAGCAAAACAAACAAAUUGAAACAAAACAAAAAAAGACAACAAACACAGUUUUUGUGGAGAAUUUCACUAGCAGCAAAAAUUCAUUUGCCCAAGACAAUGGAGCACAUUAUGAAUCCGUUCAUGCCGCCCGUUUAUCUGCUGGGACACCCGCAUGCCCAUCCGCAUUCGCACAUGGGCCAGACCGCCAAAUCGCCAGCCAGCUCGCCGGGCACAGCGGGUGCAACAGGAACUGGCACUGGAGCUGGAGCUGGAGCUGGCUGCGGCAGCGGCAAGGGCAGCUCCAGUUCACUUGCGAGCCAUGCGAAGCCAAAGCGCUGGGGCUCGCCGCCGAUCAAUUUAGCGGGUCAGUUCAUCAAUCCGGCGACGGGCAAGAAGCGUGUCCAGUGCUCGAUUUGCUUCAAGACCUUCUGCGACAAGGGCGCGCUCAAGAUCCAUUUCUCGGCGGUGCAUCUGCGCGAGAUGCACAAGUGCACCGUGGAUGGCUGCAACAUGGUGUUCAGCUCGAGACGUUCGCGGAAUCGGCACAGCGCCAAUCCGAAUCCGAAGCUCCAUUCGCCGCAUAUUCGCCGCAAGAUUUCGCCGCAUGACGGACGAACCGCUCAACAGUUUCCCGUGUUCCCGGCGGCCGCUGCCGCAGCUGCAGCCUUCCCGGGGCUGCUGCCGCCACCUCAUCCACAUCAUGCACACCAUCCACAUCAUCCCCAUCAUCCGGCUGUGGGCUACGGGCCGGCGGCUGCUGCGGCUCACGUCAUGUUUGGCGGCCAGUCGGGUCUGCAUAAUCUUGGCCUGCUCGCGGGCCGCACGCAGCACGAGCGGCUCUUUGCCGAGGCGAAUGCGGACAUUGAUGCGGACGUGGACGCGGAUAUCGAUGCCGAUGCCGAUGCCGAUGCGGAUGCCGAAGCGGAUGCGGAUGCCGAUGAUGAGGGUGUCUACGUAUAUGUGGACAUGCAUGCUAACAGCUCCAGUCCAGCUAGUCAGGACUGCCACAGCGAGGCGGAUGCAGAUGCGGAUACGGAUGCGGACAACGAGGCGGAUGCGGAGCUGCACUGCAGCCUGAGCCUGGCCAGCAAUACCAACAGUCACACCAGCUUCGAUGAGGAGGAGCGCACGGAGCAGCCCCUGGACUUUAGUCUGCACAAGCGACGCGAACGCCAGCCGGAACCGGAACCGGAGCCACAGCCAAGACCAGCUCCAGAGCCAAAACAUGAGCUAUGCGAGCGCCGCAGCAAACGCUCGCCCAGUCCCUGCGGUGGCAGCGGCUUUUCCAUGGAACGGUUGCUCGGCAAGCGCCGGCGUCACGACAGCUGCGCUUCCAGCUCCCAGGAGUCGACGACAGCCAUCAAGAUGGAACUGGAGCUGGACAGCGACAGCACCGAUGCGCACAGUCACGAGCGGCGCGCCCACCACGACGAGCACGCCCACGACCUGUCCACGCCGCAGGCCCGUAAACACCUGCAGAGCAGCUGCUCGCCUGACGCCGCAGCCGCAGCCGCAGCCGCAAUCAGUCCCAACCGCCAACCGCAGCCCAACCCCAUGCCCAGCUCCGUCUCCGUCGCCGGCUCCAGUUCGGUUUCCGUGGCUUCUGGUCACGCGCUGGCUCCGUCGCCGCCCGGCCUGCUCUUCGGCAUGGAUCUGGAGGAGCACCAUCAUUUCCGGCUGCUCCAGACGCAAAUGUUUGCCGCCGCAGCGGCCGCCGCCGCCACCGCCAGCGCCAGCGCCACCAGCAGCGCCGCCCAGUCGCCCACAGCUGCCGCACCCUGGAAUCUGCUCUCCGAGGUCUACCGCUCCAUGCUGCUCAGCAGCAGCAACCUGAAGGCCCCGCAAACGGCGCCGACGACGCCGCAGCCUGCCCAAUACAGCGAUAUGCCGCCCACCAAUGCCGCCAUCUCCGUCUAAGAGUGGCCCGCGCUCCUCGCCCUGGCAGAGCUCAAGCAAUUAGCAAAUGUUCUCAAUUAAAAAGCAACCCCCUCGCAACCCUACCCCCUUUUUUUUUUUUUUUUUUUGGGCAUGCAGCCAUGAAAUGGCCUAUAUAGAUUAACUGUAACUGAAUCUGGAUCUGCAUUGAAAUGGAAAUGGAGAUGGACGUUGACAAACAGAAUCCGAUCUGGUUUAUAUGAUUAUGUUACCAUGCUGGAACUUAGCUUUUCUACUCGUACUUGUGUUAUAUAUAAAUCGUAUAUAUAUAUAUAUAUUUUUUUUUUUACACAAAUAAUGUUUUUUUUUCCUGUAUUCUAAGAUAAUACGACAUCUAAGUGUAUAGUAUUCAAUCCGUUCCUCAGUGCAAGUGCACCCAGUGUGACCAGAAGAGCUCGCAAAAGAGUGUCUGUCUGUGUGUGUGUAUGUGUGUGUGUGUGUGUGCGUGCGUGUGUGUGUGUGUGUGUGUUAGCUCCUUGAAUGCGCAACUCUUUUGGCCCACUGUACGGCGUACAACGAAGUAUUGAUAUUUAUAAAUAUUAAACUAAAAAGCAAAGUAUAUUAAUAAUAUAUUAUGUAAUUUUAAGUGCAACAAUUUUUUUUCGUAGCCAAUAACUAUUUGUAUUUGUAACUAACUUUAUGUAGGUAUAUAAAAACUACUAUAUAUACGAUAACAAAAAAAAAGCAAGAAAAUUAUAAAAAAAAAAAAAAAACAACAUAUCUCGUGUGUUUAUGCCCCUGUGUAUUUACUGCUACCCCACCCACCCCUCGUCAGGCCCUUCUCCCUUUUUUUAUAGUUUACUAAACAAAUUCUGUACGCACAUGGAUACCUUUAGUUGUUGCUAAUAUAUCCAUGGAUGUUCAGUGGAAAUGGAAAUGUUAUUGCUCUAUCGAAAAUCGAAAAAUGUGCUCCCUAAGAGAUUCAUUGUGUAUUUAAUAAAUGAUAUUUCAUUUGAACAAUAAAACCAAACGAAAUUCAAGAAACAUACAAAACAAAA